AUGCCGCCGAGCCGCAUCUGUUUAAAACAAAUCUCCGCCGUGGGGCGGACCCAGUUCGUCUGCAGCAACUCUGUGGAGGGCACGGUCAUCGUCAAUGUGGUCAACACGCCAAGCGCCGAGGGGAGCAAGGCGCAUCCUGCCAGUAUGAACAAAGUGAUGGCUUCCCGAGGGGACAAACAGAUCUGGGAGCUGAGUAAUCGAGAUCGUUUUACCGCACAUGCACACAUUGAGUAG